AUGCGCUGCCGUUCCUUGAAGGAGCUCGCCCCCAGUUUCUGGGACUGCAGCUCCGUCGCCGUUGACGACGGCCGUGUUGAGGGCUGGAGGGAGAGAGUCGACAACGGUGUCAGCGGCGUCCGCGGCAGCACGACAUCCUCCUUCGAGGACGCCAAAAACACCGCACUGUUUUGCCGCGACGACCGCGACGAGGGCACCUCCGGCAGCAGAAACCCCAUCCCCACCUGCGGGAGCCCCCCGGGGGUCGAGGAGCCGGCGGCCCAGCCAUGGGGGUCGUGCGGCACGGCGACGCCCGCCGUCUCCGACGAGGCUGCGGUGCCCCCGUGCUGCGCAUGCAACUGGCUGAAGGAGUGCGACGAGUGCAGGCGGGGCAUCGGUGCAUCCCCGUCGCUGCUGUCGCUGCUGCCGCGGAAGGAAACACUCCCCGCCGACAUCUGCAGCGAGGCCCGCGGCAAAUAA